UUCUUUCUUAUCCUAAUCCACACUAGAGAGAGUGUAACGGCUUUGCUGUCCACUCAUGGCGUUAACCAUAGCCAACAGCGGUGGAGGAACUGCGAUUCUCUACAGCAACUCCACCAGAAACCACCACCAACCCAUUCGCCGCCACGUCAUCCUCUUCCCGCUCUCCCCUCGAACCCUCCACGUCGUCUCAGCCAAGAAGUUCUCACCCAGAAGCGGCAGGUUCGACGGUAGUAGAAACAGGAAGUCCUCCUCCAACACCACCACGACCCGAGACCAAGAUCAGUACCCAAAUGAGCUUCAACGGACAGUGGGUGGUGACUUUGAAUUCGAACGAAUUGAGAGCCGUGGUGGUGGUGGUGGUGUUGGUGUAGAGAAUGUUGCCGAUGAUGGGUAUUUCUUGCCUGAACUUCCCGGUGAUAAGCCCGACUUCUGGGAAGGUCCUCAAUGGGAUGCUCUUGGAUUCUUCGUUGAGUAUUUGUGGGCUUUCGGCAUAGUUUUUGCGGCAAUUGCUUGUCUCAUUGCUGCUACUACCUACAAUGAAGGGGCAACUGAUUUUAAAGACACUCCUGCAUACAAGGAGUCAGUUCAAUCGGGAGAGCUUUUAGAAGAGCCUGAUGCAUCUAACACGGAUGUCUUUGAAUCUAACCCAACAGAGGUUGCUCCUAGUUUGGAAUAGUUUCUAUAGCAGAAUGAACAACCUUUACAUAUGAUAUAUUGAAAAAUACCAGCCUAGGCAAAGAAACAAUCAAAAGAUGGUAUUGUCCACAAUUUGUAAGAUGAUGUUUCCAUUUAUAAGCUUUAGCUUACUUUAUUAUACAAUCUUGUGAAAUACGAUACAAGAGUUAUUGAUGUGCA